AUGGCCACUCUAGCUGCCAUUACCAUCACAAUCUCAGUCAUAGGAUUAUACUACAUCCUCAGAAUAGGACGUCGAGAAUCCCACCUCCCACCCGGCCCACGCCCCGUCCCCCUCCUUGGCAACCUCCUCUCUAUACCCACCGUAAACGCCCACUUCCAAUUGAAAACAUGGGCAGAGCAAUACGGCGGCAUCUACAGCCUCAAGCUCUUCCACACCACCACCAUCGUCCUCAGCUCUCGACGCCUCGUCCGCGAACUCAUCGACAAGCGGGGCACAACAUACAGCAGCCGACCGCCGUUUCUCUUCGCAACACACUACAUCGCACGGGAUCCCGCAAACAUUCCGCUCGUAGUUUUCAUGCCAUCGGGCGAGAAAUGGAGGUUAUGCCGCAAGCUACUCGCACAGUGUUUCAAUGAAGCAAAGGUUGACAAAGAAUAUGUUGGACUUGUGGAGGCGGAGGCUACGCAGAUGCUGUGUGAUUUUGUGAAAGCGCCAAAGGGGUUUAUGGGGCAUACGUUGCGGUUUGCGAAUAGUAUUAUCAAGGGUCUGGUGUACGGGACGCGAACUAAACACACGGAGCAAUUAGAGGAGUACGAAGUCUGGUUUGAAAAGUACGUCGCAUUGCUUGAGGUCGGUGCAAUACCGCCGGUCGAUUUACUACCAUGGUUGAUACAUGUGCCGCAGGGGUUAUGGACAGGACGCUGGAAGAAUUGGAAGGAUAAGAGUGAUGAGAGUGGGCGGGCUGUUAAUGCCGCGUUUACGCAGAUGGCGGAACCUGUGCUGGAGCGGAGAAGAAGAGGCGUGCGUGCUGCGACUGUUUAUGAUUACGUGCUCAACGAGGGGGAGAAGGGGAUUGAUCUCACGAGAAGAGAUUUGGAUGUUUUUGCUGGGUCGCUGAUUGAUGCUGGGAGUGAUACUACGGCGUCUGCUAUUCGUGUUUUCAUCCAGGCGAUGGUUAGGUAUCCGGAUGUUCAGGUGCGAGCGCAUAGACAGGUCGACGAUGUGGUUGGCAGCAUGCGAUCGCCGGGGUGGAGCGAUGUCGCGAAGCUGCCGUAUGUCGUGCAGAUUAUCAAGGAGGUCAUGCGAUGGAGGCCUCUUGCGGCUAUGAUACCGCAUUCUACUACGGCUGAUGACACGAUCGACGGCUACUUCAUCCCAAAGAACACAACAGUCCUCAUCAACAUCUGGGCCUUGAACCAUACCCCAUGCGACACCGAUACUUGCGAAUCUCCAAUAUCGGAAUUCAAUCCCGAUCGCUACGCAACACGCACGCAUACCUCAUCUCACUACGCAGCAUCUCCCGACAUUGCCUCACGAGAUCACUUCACGUACGGCGCUGGCCGUCGUAUUUGUCCCGGUAUCCAUCUUGCUGAACGCAGUCUUUUCAUUGCGAUUGUGAAGUUGCUUUGGGCUUUCGAGUUCAAAGAGAAGCCUGGGAAGCCGGUUGAUAUCGAUCCUGAGACGGGGUUUACGGAUGGCAUUGUGAGGACGCCGAAGGAUUUCGAGUGUGAGAUACGGGUCAGAGAGGGACGAGAGGGAUUGCUUGAAACAGAAUUUGCUGAGGCGAGGGAUGUGUUGGCCAAGUAUGAGUUUUGAAGGAGUUGUGAUGUGAUGUCACAAUGAUCGUGGAUCAUUUAUAGGUUUCGUAUCGACGCAAUACUCAUAGGAUUGUUGAAAGUAGUCCUUUACGGUCUUCCUUUGGUUGCAAAGUACAUCGAAGGCUUGUUUUGAUGUCUUUCAAAUCAGGAGAGUAGUUAGUGACCAGUUCUGGCCAGUAUGGAGAAGUUGCGACGAGGACCUAUAGUUC